UCGGCAUUUCUAAUGCUAGGCUAACGUUUGUGUGUGUUGGGCCGGCCUCCAUUCUUUUCCCUCUCUUUUAUUGCGUCCUAGGGUUCCAGGAUCCGGCAGGCGAGGCAGGCAGGCGCCAUCGAUCCAGGCGCAUCGCACAAGAUCCUUGGAGCGCAGCGAAUUCGGCAGUCGAUAAGCUGGUUUCUUCCGGCGAUCCGGCUGCCGGAGCUCUGGAGAAAGGGUUUUGAGGUGGAUGUGAGGAAGAUCUACGGCAAUGUCGGAGGACGAGAAGCUCCUCAAGGAGGCGAAGAAGCUGCCGUGGGAGGACAGAUUGACGCACAAGAAUUGGAAGGUUAGGAACGAUGGGUGCAUCGAUCUUGCGGGCGUGUGUGACAGCAUUAUGGAUCCUAAGGAUCCACGGCUGCGGGAAUUCGGGCCCUUAUUUAAAAAGAGUGUGGCCGAUUCGAAUGCUGCGGUACAAGAAAAGGCGUUGGAUGCUUUGAUAGGUUUUCUGAGAGCUGCCGACGCUGAUGUUUCUAGGUAUGCUAAAGAGGUUUGCGAUUCUAUUGCGGCCAAGUGCCUCACUGGCCGUCCGAAAACCAUUGAAAAGGCACAAGCGGCAUUCAUGUUGUGGGUGGAGCUUGAAGCAUCGGAUGUUUUCCUGGAUACGAUGGAAAAAGCUAUUAAGAACAAGGUAGCGAAGGCUGUUGUGCCAGCGAUUGAUGUUAUGUAUCAAGCUCUCAGUGAAUUUGGGACUAAGAUAAUUCCUCCGAAAAGGAUACUUAGAAUUCUCCCUGAACUUUUUGAUCAUCAAGACCAGAAUGUAAGAGCUUCGGCCAAGGGACUAACAAUAGAGUUAUGCCGGUGGAUAGGAAAAGACUCCGUCAAAUCCAUUCUCUUUGAGAAAAUGCGAGAUACAAUGAAAAAAGAGAUAGAGGCCGAGAUGGACAACGUAACAGGCGUCUCAAAACCGACGCGCAAAAUAAGAUCCGAGCAGACGAGAGAGGUUGAACAAGAGGCAGCAAUAGAAUCGCCGGGUGCCCCGCCAGCAGAUGAAGCGUCCCCUACUGGAGUGCAAGAUAUAGACGAAUAUGAUCUGGUCGACCCUGUCGACAUUUUAACUCCACUGGGAAAGUCAUCAUUUUGGGAUGGAGUGAAAGCUGCAAAGUGGUCUGAGAGGCGCGAUGCAGUUGCCGAACUAACUAAGCUUGCGUCUGCAAAAAGACUUGCUGCCGGCGAUUACACAGAAAUUUGCCGUACUUUAAAAAAGCUUAUAACGGAUGUAAAUAUUGCGGUUGCUGUGGAGGCUAUUCAAGCAGCUGGAAAUCUUGCUUCAGGUCUCCGUAAGGACUUCACUGUUUGCUCAAGAAUUCUGCUUCCUGUUUUGCUGGACAAGCUUAAAGAGAAAAAACAAUUGGUGGUCGAUGCAUUGAUGCAAACUCUUCAAAGCAUGCACACAGGUGGUUGUGUGGCUCUCGCGGAUGUAAUCGAAGAUGUCAGAGUGGCUACAAAGAAUAAGGUUCCUUCGGUGCGGUCUUCGUGUUUGAACUGGGUGACAUUCUGCAUUGAGAACAAUACCAAGCUCACUGUGAUGAAGUUACACAAAGAUUACGUUCCCAUUCUUAUGGAGAGCUUAAAUGAUGGGACUCCAGAAGUACGGGAUGCAGCGUUUUCGGCACUUGCUGCUUUUGCAAAACACUUGGGCAUGAAGCCACUUGAACGUUCUUUAGAAAAACUUGAUGAAGUCAGAAGAAAGAAGCUGACUGAAAUGAUUGGUUCCGGCCCCGGUUCGAACACUUCUACGCCUAGCUCCACUUCAGUCGUGGCCAGGAGCACAGAUGAAAAUUCGGAAGCAGUUGUGAAAAAGUCCGCUGCGAGUUUGUUGUCUGGCAAAAAGCCUACUGCUCCAACCCAGAGUGUGAAAAAGACUGGGUCAACGAAGGUAACUGUCUCGAAAAAGGGAGAUGCUACAGUGGAAGCAAACGACGAUAUUGAAGUCGGCGAAAUGUCUCUAGAGGAGAUUGAGUCGAGAGUCGGAAGUAUUGUGCAGCCAGAAAUAAUUGAGAACUUAAAAAGCGCUGUCUGGAAGGAACGCCUAGAAGCUAUGACUUCCCUUAAAGAAACUGUGGAGGGGUUACCUGAGAUCAACAAAGACAGUGAAAUUCUAGUGCGACUCCUUUCCGUACUUCCUGGCUGGGCUGAGAAAAAUGUCCAGGUUCAGCAGAAAGUUAUUGAAGUUGUGUGCCAUAUAGCAGAGAGAGCAACAAGUUUUUCCAAGAAAGCAGUUAUGCUCUGUUUACCUGGAUUGGCUGAAAGAUCGUCGGAUAUCAAAACACGAGCUCAAGCUACUAGGUGCCUUACCGUAUUUUGUGAAGUCGCGGGACCAAAUUUUGUAUUUGAUAAGAUGUAUAAGAUUAUGAAAGAACACAGAAAUCCCAAAGUUCUCAGCGAGGGAUUGUCAUGGAUGAUUACUGGCAUCGAGGACUUCGGCAUUAGCCAUAUUAAGUUGAAGGACUUGCUAGAAUUUUGCAAAGAUGUGGGAUUGCAGUCUAGUGCACCUGCCACAAGGAAUGCAACUAUCAAGCUUAUUGGGGUUCUUCACAAGUUUGUUGGGCCAGGCUUGAAGAAUUUUUUGACGGAUGUGAAACCUGCUCUUCAAAGUGCUUUGGAUACCGAAUAUGAGAAAAAUCCCUAUGAGGGUCCCGCUGCCCCGAAAAGAACAGUCCGGGGCGCUGAUGACGGAGCUCCUGUUGCUGGAGGUGAUGGUUUACCGCGUGAAGAUGUCAGCGGGAAAUUGUCAGUAACUUUGAUGAAAAACCUUGGAAGUCCGGAAUGGAAGAUUCGGCAGGAGUCCAUAGAAACUGUAAACCGGAUAAUUGAGGAGGCGAACAAGAGAAUCCAAGCGACGGGGACAGGAGAAUUAUUUGGAGCUUUGAAAGGACGGUUGAAUGAUUCAAACAAAAACCUUGUGAUGAUGACACUUUCGACUCUUGGAAGUCUAGCUGCAGCAAUGGGUCCUGCUGUUGACAAAAACAGUAAGGGUGUUCUCGCGGACGUUCUAAAAUGUCUAGGAGACAAUAAAAAACUUAUGCGAGAAGCAGUUAUCAAGACGCUGGAUGGAUGGGCCGAGGUUUUGCAGCUUGAUAAAAUGCUACCAUACAUUGUUCCUGCUCUGAUAGAUGCUAAGCUAUGUGCUGAUGGCCGAAAAGAUUUGUUCGAUUGGGUGACAAAACAGUUGACAAAAUGUGUCAGCUGUUCCGAGCUGACCCAUCUUUUGAAGCCAAUCUCCGUAGGACUACAGGAUAAAUCUGUAGAAGUUCGUAAAGCAGCAGACGCAGCCUUACAGGAGCUACUUCGAGUUUGUGGUUUUGACGCGAUCAAUAAAGCAUCAAGAGAGUUGCAUGGUUCUGCUCUCGCGGCGGUCCUUCCAAUCUUAGAAAAGCAAAGAUCACCCGGAGCAAUCGAUGCCUCCGAGGACAGAGCGGGGUCGAAAGGCAAUCUUCCAAAGACUGGAAAACAAACUAGUAACGGUCCAGAACGUCCUGCCGCUAAAGCUCCUCCAAGGGGAACAAAAACUGUUGGAAAAGUUUCAAAGCAAGCUGCAGCAAUCGCUGCACAAGAUGCUGCUGUACAGGGCCAGGCACUUUUCAACAUGAGAGACUCGAAUAAGGAAGAGCGCGAGCGGUCAAUUCCUCGCAAGUAUAAAUUUGAGGAGCCUAGGCCAGAACAAAUACUUGAAGUUGAGGCGGACGUUAUGAAAUACUUCAGGGAGGAUCUCCAUCGAAGAUUACUGAGUCCGGAUUUUAAGAAGCAAGUUGAUGGGCUGGAGCUUCUGCAAAAGGCAAUUCCUACGCACACUAAGGAUAUUGCAGAAAUUUCAGAUAUACUUCUUCGCUGGAUUGUUUUACGUUUUUGUGAAUCCAAUACUACGUGCCUUCUGAAGGUGCUAGACUUUCUGCCAGAAUUGGUGGAGGCUUUAAAAAAUGAAGGCUAUGCACUAACAGAAUUUGAGGCUACAAUUUUCUUACCUUGUCUUGUUGAAAAGUCUGGUCAUAAUAUUGAAAAGGUUCGGGAAAAGAUGCGGGAGCUGAUGAGACUCAUCUGUUGCAUCUACCCUGCAUCAAAGCUAUUUACGUACAUUUGCGAGGGCCUUCGAUCAAAGAACAACAGAACUAGAAUCGAAAGUGUCGAUCACAUUGGUUUUAUGGUUGAUCGCUAUGGCGUAGAGAUUGCGGGUCCGAAUAAGGCUCUGCAAUCGGUUGCUGCUUUGACAACUGAACGGGACGGCGAUUUGCGUAAGGCUGCACUGCAAACACUUGCGACUGUCUACAAAAUAAUGGGCGAUGACGUCUGGAGAUAUUUAGGAAAGUUGUCGGACGCACAGAAGAGCAUGAUUGAUGAUAAGUUCAAGUGGAAGGCCCGUGAAAUGGACAAGAGGAGAGAGGGAAAACCGGGAGAAACAAGGGCUGCCUUACGGCGUUCAGUUCGUGAGAAUGGGAACGAUGCUGUUGAACAAAGUGGGGAGGGCACGUCAAGACCCAUCACUGCACCACCUGUACUUCUAAGGGGUAACGAACACUUCGAAUUGGCAUCCGCCUCGCCCGCUGGUCCUUCAGAUUGGAGCGAGGCUCUGGACACGAUAGAAUUUGGUUCAUCACCAGAGCAGGUUGUGGAAGGGAUGAAGCUCAUUUGCCACGAGCUAAGUCAAAUGGCUGCCGAUAUGGAAAGCAGCUUGACAGAUGAUUUUGCAAAAGACGCAGAUCGUCUUGUGCGAAUUUUAACGUUGAAAGUAACUACGACGUUCAACAUGGGACUUGGUGGUGCCUCCUCAAGGUCUUGCAAAUACGUGUUAAACACGCUAAUGCAGACAUUUCAACUUAAAAAGCUUGCUCACGGCGUAAGAGAAGCAACCUUGCAUAGUCUGAUUACAGAACUUCUUCUGUGGUUACUGGAUGAAAGAGUUCCAUUAAUGGACGACGGCAGCCAGCUCUUGAAAGCGCUAAAUGUUCUAAUGCUCAAAAUACUGGAAAAUGCUGGUCGCACAUCCGCAUUCGUUGUGUUGAUACGUCUUCUACGGCCUUUAGAAUCUAGAUGGCCUGGUGUAGCAUCCGAAGAAGCAGCGGCUACGAGAGGGCAAAAGUUUUCAGAUCUUGUCGUAAAAUGCUUGAUCAAAUUGACAAAGGUCCUUGGCUCAACUAUUUUUGAGGUGGACCUUGAUCGCCUACUGCAAAGUAUUCAUGAGUAUCUUCAAGAGCUAGGGAUGGAGGAAAUACGGAGACGAGCCGGAGCCGAUGAUAAGCCUCUGCGGAUGGUGAAGACUGUUCUUCACGAACUAGUAAAGCUUCGUGGAACAGCCAUUAAGGGUCACCUUUCCAUGGUGCCAAUCGACACAGAACCUCAACCUAUCAUUCUUGCUUAUAUUGAUCUCAAUCUCCAAACAUUAGCGGCUGCGCGAAUGCUCACUCCAACUGGUCCAACUGGCCAAACACAUUGGGUUGAUUCAUCGUCAAAUGGGCCGGCUUCUCCUGCUGGUCAUACGGCUGAGGCACAAUUGAAACAAGAGUUAGCAGCGGUUUUUAAGAAGAUUGGAGACAAGCAAACGUGCACGAUUGGGUUGUACGAGUUGUAUCGUAUAACUCAGUUAUAUCCUCAGGUGGACAUUUUCUCUCAGCUGCAAAAUGCUAGCGAGGCGUUUAGAACGUACAUAAGAAAUGGUUUAGCACAGAUGGAGAAGAGUGUUGCCGCGGGAAGAGCACCAACAAGCAUUGCUAUGGUCACUCCACCCCCGGCAUCGCCUCCAAGCCACAGCUCGCCAAAGAUGGUAUCGUCGGUUGCGCCGAUCAGCAGCCGUGUCCAGCCUCUUGGGCUGGAUAACAACGUAAACUACAACUACAGGGAGGAAGUAGAAGCUCCAGCCGAAUCAGACACAGCAGAGCUGAAAAAGAUGGUGUUCAUAAACACGCCAAAGAGUUACGAGAGUCCCCUCCCGUCAGGCGAUAUCCAACCGGUGUCUACUCCAAGCUCUGGAACUUUGGACGCCAUCAGGGAACGGAUGCGAAGCAUUCAGGCCGCGGCCACGGCUGCUGUUGGAGCCGGCUCCAUUCCUUCUCCGACCGCCGCGGCAAUCACGAUCUCGAAUGGCUCCUCCCCAUCGUUUAGCCGAGGCUAUAGCUCGGAAGUGUUGGUCUCCCAGCAGCAGCAACAGCAACAACAUGAAGUAGCAGCCGAGAGUGGAGAAGUAUCGACGGCAGUGGUGGCGGUGGACGACAGUGCUCUCUCGGGAUUGCAAGCCAGGAUGGAGAGGCUGAAAAGUGGAGGAGCUAUGGAUUCAGCAUAGUUCUAGGAGAGCGAUGGAAAGAACCAAGCGAAGAACACGAAGAACACAAAGAAGAAACGAAUCACGAGCUUGGCAUCAAGAAGACUUCUCACUCCAUAGCUUGAGCUUUGAGCUUCUAAGCUGUACAUACUCUACCACCAAUAUCGAAUCGAUUCGAAUAUUCUGCGUUGUUUAAA